AUGUUUGUAACGCCAGUAUUUGUUAAUAGCAAUGUGCUCGAUCCUUCUAUCUACGGCUCAAAGCGCGAAAGUGUAGCCCGCACCGAGCUGUCGUCCAGACUUAGUACAGCUUCUUCAGACGCGUCCUUCGGCUGUCUGCAUCGAACUUCUUCAACCAGUUCCAACGCCUCUGUGUCUACAGCAGCCUCUUCCGCUGCUUCAGUAAGCAACCAAACUUACCGUCCGAAACAUCGCAAAACCUUCUCCAAUAGCUCAAUCGCCCGACGGUUUUUGCAAAAAAGCAAGCCACAAGAGGUUCAUUCGCCACAAGUUGAGGCACUGCCAACUUCAGCUCCUACACUGGUUGUCGCAUCCCCUCCCGAGCCCAUUGUGAACGCGCCUUCGCCUCCUGCUACAGGAGAGCAGUGUUCCGAUCUAGUCGUGCGAUCUAAGAGGGACGUCUAUCAUGUCGAUAGGGCGAUUAUGUGCUAUCACUCGCGGUGGUUUGCCAGAGUUUGCGCCGUCGUUGUAUCGCCAAAAUCAUCGAAAGGCAUCAUUGACCUUAGUGCCGAUGAUCCAGCAGCCGUCGCCGCGAUGAUGCAAUACUGUUACCAGCUCGACUACACUGAUCAAUUAGCAGGCUCAGACCUUGCAGUACCUGAAGACGUCACUUUGCGCUCCCAUGUGGAUGUGUAUAUGCUUGCAGAGCGGUAUGGCGUUGCUGGUCUGAAGGCGCUCGCACUUCGAAAAUUCGAGGAAUUUGCGGGUAAUGUACUGGUUGCCGAUGGUGAGGAAGAGCAAUUGUUACAUGCGAUUCGCCCGAUCUACGCACCUGAGCGAAGAGCUAACGCGGAUGACCUCAAAAUGGUUGCGAUCAAGCUUUGCGCUGAUCAUGUGCAAGCUUUCAUCCACGGUACAGGCAAGACUAUGGCUCUUCCUGGACAUCAGUACGAAAUGCAGCUACACCGUAAGCGUGCCUUUGGGAAAGCCUUCAACGGAACUUCCGAUCUCUCUAGUCAUUCACAUCGCAAGGCGCUACGCAGCGUUGCUGCUCUAUCCGCUGCUUCGACACCUCAACUUUUCUACACGCCCGUGUUCUCAUUCGGAUCUGACAAAGAAAAUGACGAUUUGUUCUUUCCCACGCUAAGAGGAAUCACCGAACCUCCUGGCGAUUCGAAAAGUCAUCUACGGCCUCCUCCGCGCACCUCAUCUCUUCGGGGACUAUCCGAGCUACAGGUUGAUACCAAUGACUUUAAGCGAAUCUACACUAUUCCUGAAGAUCAGAACUCAAGUCCCCAUGAUGAGCAGGUCUUGGGAGCGUAUCCAUGUGUACCUGGUCCGGCCAUCUAUGAAGAUCAGGACACUAUUGCUAUACCUAGUCCGGUUGGCCAAAGAGCUGCACUCACUCCCAGUGCGCUUCACUUCCAGGCUCUGUCUCUACAGGAUCCUCCUCACAGGCAUCUGCCAGAGUUGACGUUUCAAUCGGCUAUCAAUAUCAAUGCAACACGCACAAGCGCCUUUGUUCUGCAGUCUAUCGACCUCCGUUAUUGUUUCUCUCAUAUUCUGAAAGACGAUGUGGUGAUUUUCUUCGACAAGGGCAAACAAGUCAUGAAGAUUGACAAGUACCUUUUGUGUACCGAGUCUCGCUUCUUUGCUCCGAUGCUGGACGGUCCAUCUGUAGAAGGUCAAACACGCUGUGUCCGCGUUCGCGAUGACUUCCCUUAUGCUAUUGGGGCAAUGAUCCAGUACAUGCAAGAAGGCAACUAUACCUUCAACUCCAACAUGCGACUUGAACAUGCAAACAUCACGCUUUUGGACCUUCACGUCCACGCCUACAUUGUCGGCAAGAAGUAUGAUGUGGCCAAGUUAUGCGAUCAUGCGAUAGAAGAGUAUGUCAAUAUCGCUGGAAUGGUUCUAAGCAUAGGCAUCCCCGCCGGCGAAGAUCCUACUGACUUCUCCAAUUCUACUGUCAAGGGCGACCACAAAGGUCCGGACGCCAGCCCUGCGACAUCGGUUCUCAACUCCUUCCUGGACUCACUAGUUCUCAUCUGGCGCAACACCUUGGACAGUGACGAUUCACUAUGCCAGGGCGUUCUCGAGUUGCUGAAGCCUAACAUCAACCAACUCAUGCGGCUGAAGUUUUUUCAAGUGUUGAUGAUGGACAUGGUGGAUUUUGGUGGUGAUCUUGUGCAUAGUCUAACUGAGGAUGGAUUUGACAUUCAGGCUUUUCAUACUGAGGGUGGUUUGCAGCAAGAGAUUCGCGUCAAGUUUGGUAGCGCUUGUAACAUGGCGUUAGUGCGCUGA